ACAGUUCACGAAUUAUAUUGCUCGAAAAAUUUAACAGGAGAGAUACACAGCCAUUUAAUAGUUGUUUCGUUGCUAAAUGUUUUUGUGGCUUUAAGCGCAUUUUCGGGAAAUGCUCUAAUAAUAGCAGCCCUCUGCAAGGAAUCAUUGCUUACGCUUCAUCCUCCUUCCAAACUCCUGUACCGUAACCUGGCGAUGACGGAUGUGUGUGUUAGCGUCAUCGUUUUGCCCGUUAACAUUACUUAUUGGACAUCUACGGUGAUUCAACAGUGGAAUAUAUGUCGCUACGCAUUAGACUUAACUAUCAUAACUAGUUUUCCUUUGUGCGGAGUUUCUCUGUUGACAAGUACUGCCAUAAGCGUUGACAGGCUCCUCGCCUUGUUGCUUGGCCUCAGGUAUAGACAAAUUGUCACCUUGAAGAGAACAUAUAUGGCUGUGGCUAUAUUUUGGUUUUCGCCUAUUUUCUGUAUCACUAUGUAUUACUUUAUUCCCAGUGUGGCUUCAGCGAUUGCAAGUAUAACUUUACUACUUUGUCUAAUAACCUCGAUCUUAUCGUACGCAAAAAUAUUUCGUACUCUGCGCUUGCGUCAUAACCACUUUCAAGUUCAAGACCAUUCUCAGGAACAACCGGCAAUAACAAGGGUUCCUCUGAACAUAGCUCGAUACAAAAAGGCAGUGUACAGUGCACUGUGGGUGCAAACAACAUUGGUCAUUUGUUAUCUGCCUUAUGGCUUAACUUUCACUUCUGCUUCUCAGGAAAAGAUAACUUCAGCCGUUUACCUGGCGAGGCAGUACACGGGGACUUUAAUUUACUUCAACUCGUCAUUAAACCCGUUACUUUACUGUUGGAAAAUUCCAGAAAUAAGGCGAGCAGUGAAAGACACACUUAAACAGCUUUGUUGUUUAUGA